AUGUCUAACGACAAGAAACAAUCUGGUCUAGCACGUGUCUUGGGUUCGGCUUCCGCCGGUAUUCUUGAAAUCGGUGUUUUCCAUCCAGUGGACACCAUUUCCAAGCGGCUGAUGUCGAACCAUACGAAGGUGACAUCUGCUUCACAACUUAACAGCGUGAUAUUCAAAGAACACGCUGGAGAAGCUCUCAGCAAGCGGGUGUUCACUCUUUUCCCGGGUCUCGGGUAUGCGGCCGUUUACAAAAUCUUGCAAAGAGUUUACAAGUACGGUGGGCAACCGUUUGCGAACGAAUUUCUGAACAAAAAUUUCAAAGCGGAUUUCGAUAAUGCGUUUGGCGAGAAAACUGGUAAGGCUUUGCGGUCUGCGACUGCGGGGUCGAUUAUUGGUAUUGGUGAAAUUGUGCUUUUGCCCCUAGAUGUUUUGAAAAUCAAAAGACAAACCAAUCCGGAGGCUUUCCAAGGUAGAGGGUUUGUGAAAAUCUUAAAGGACGAAGGCUUUGGUCUGUACCGUGGCUGGGGCUGGACCGCUGCCAGAAACGCUCCGGGUUCGUUUGCGCUUUUCGGAGGUAACGCUUUUGCGAAGGAGUAUAUUUUGGGAUUGAAAGAUUACUCCGAGGCGACAUGGGCACAAAACUUCGUUUCGUCCAUUUUCGGUGCAAGCGCGUCUUUGGUCGUGUCUGCUCCUUUGGACGUUAUCAAGACCCGUAUUCAAAACCGUAAUUUCGACAACCCAGAGGGCGGGCUAAAAAUCAUACAAAAGACGUUAAAAAAUGAAGGAUUCACUGCUUUUUUCAAGGGCUUGACACCUAAGCUACUGACGACGGGUCCUAAACUGGUAUUUUCGUUUGCGCUCGCCCAGACGUUUAUUCCAAUUUUUGACAAAAUGGUCAAAUAA